AUGGAAGAAAAGCUUCAGGCGCAUCAGGUGGAGAUCGACCCGGAUUUCGAGCCGCAGAGCCGGCCCCGGUCCUGCACUUGGCCUCUCCCCCACCCCGACUUCGCGGCGGAGGAGGAGGAUGGGGGCGCGGCGGGGGGACCCCCGGCCCUGCCGGCACCCGGCGGGGAGGGAGCCGAGAACGCGGCGGCCCCGGCGGAGCGCAGAGCCGCCACCGCCGCCUCCCUGCCGCCUCCCGGAGCGGACCUGGGGCAGCUCCGCAAGGCCAAGACCUCCCGGCGGAACGCCUGGGGCAACCUCUCCUACGCCGACCUCAUCACCAAAGCCAUCGAGAGCUCGCCGGAGAAGCGCCUCACCCUCUCGCAGAUCUACGACUGGAUGGUGCGAUACGUCCCCUACUUUAAGGAUAAAGGAGACAGCAACAGCUCCGCCGGCUGGAAGAACUCCAUCCGGCACAACCUCUCCCUGCACACCCGCUUCAUCCGCGUGCAGAACGAGGGCACAGGGAAGAGCUCCUGGUGGAUGCUGAACCCCGAGGGAGGGAAGACGGGGAAGACCCCGCGGCGCCGGGCGGUCUCCAUGGACAACAACAGCAAAUUCCUUCGCAUCAAGGGGAAGGCCAGCAAGAAGAAGCAGCUGCAGGUGACACAGGAGCGCGGGGAGGACAGCCCCUCCUCCCAGCAAGCCAAGUGGUCCGAGAGCCCCGCGUCCCAUGCCAGCGACGAGUACGACGCUUGGGCGGACUUCAGGACGAGGGCCAACUCCACGGCCAGCACGCUAAGCGGGCGCCUCUCACCCAUCAUGUCCAACCGGGAGCCGGAUGAGCUGGAGGAGGAUGACGGGACCCCCUCCUCCCCGCUGAUGUACCCCAGCCCCUCCAGCACCGUGUCUCCUUCCCUCAGCGCUCGCUGCUCCGUGGAGCUGCCCCGGCUGACCGACCUGACGGGCACCAUCAGCCUGAACGAGAGCCUCGGGGAGAGCAUGCUGGAGGACCUGCAGGACGGCUACGCCAUGAGCCCUUCCCAGCAGCUCCCCCCGGCCGCCCUGCGGCAGCGGAGCUCCAGCUUCACCUUCAACUCCAAGUGCUCCAGCAUGGGGGCCGCCACCAACACCUACUGCGGGACCAUCUACAGCCAGCCGGCCAUGAGCCUCAUGCGCCGCUUGCCCAUGCAGACCAUCCAGGAGAACAAGCAAGCCACCUUCUCUCCCGUCAGCUCCUACAGGAACACCUCGCUGCAGGACCUGCUCUCCUCCAUCUCCUACGCGCACAAGGAGAGCAUGGUCCCGGGGGACCUGUCCCUGCCUCAGGCCAGCCCCGCGGUGCCGGCCCGUGGCCACAGACACAACCCGCUGCUCUGCGGGACCGGGGAGCAGGGCUUGUCCUCCUACCCCUCCCACCUGGGCUCUCUCAUGAAGAGCACCGCCUUGUACCACCCGUCACCAGCCGGCCACCACCCCGCGGUCAGCGCCAGUGCCUUAGCCAAUCCUGUCAGCCUUAUGAGCCUGCCCGGUGACACGUGCAGCGUGGCGGCCGUGCCGCACCACGGGCACCCGCACUCCUACGCCAGUAACCAAGGGCCGCACAUGAGCUUGCUGGAUUCGCUGCAGGGCCCCUACCCGGGGGCCGUCCACCCCCCCGUGUUGGGCCAAGACAGGUUCCCAGCAGAUCUGGACCUGGACAUGUUCAACGGGAGCCUGGAGUGCGACGUGGAGUCCAUCAUCCUGAAUGACUUCAUGGACAGUGACGAGAUGGAUUUCAACUUUGACUCGGCCCUCCCGCCGCAGAACGGGCUCAACGUGCCCGCACUGCCCGGGGGUCCCCAGCCCACAAACCAGAGCUGGGUGCCGGGGUGAUGCCUGCCCUGGAGCUGGGGGCCUCACCACCAAGAAGCCACAAGGGGAACAUUGAAACUAACUUUUUUGUUUUGUUUUUUUUUUUUCCUUUCUCUUCUGCCUUUGUUCGUUGAGAUGGGUCAGAGCCAUCGGCUGGAAACACAAACCCAGGGUCAAACACUGCCCGUGCCCCCACGUGUGCCCACUCUGCUGGUCCUCCCGGGAGCAUCCUCCAGGGGAUAUAGGGCAGGGUGGGAGAAGCAGCUGGAGCCAGGUGGGUCGGGGGGGGGGGGGGAGAGAGAAGGAAGGGAAAGCCCCCAGUGCCCUGUCACAAUGGUGCCAGUUUGGAAUGUCCUUGGGCAGGGUGACAGUGGUGACAGCUGAUGGCAGGGGAAUCCCCCUCUGGAGAGGGACACUCCUCUCUCUCUGCCAUCUCAAGUUCUCUGAGUAGAAGUGUCAAGACAGGGGGACCCUGUCCAAGGGCAUGGGGGGAGGGGGGGCUCAUCACCCCUAAAUUCUGGUGGAGCUCUGAGCUCUGCCAUGCCCACACACCCUGGUCACCUCCUCUGUGGUCACUUGAGUGGCUCCAGGAAGAUUUGCUCAGCAAGCAGCGAGGAGGGAGGUUGGUGAUGGA